UAUAUUUUAACACGAGCGAUUGUUAUUUAAACACACGCGAGAUCAGAUUUUCAGGAGGGUUCAGCUAAGGCUUUAUUGCGUCAAAACUCUACCGAAAAACGUGCACAAAAACAUUGAACGAAAAAAAAUAGUAUAUAUGCCAGCACACAUAACAACUUUCUGAUACUGAAUUAAAUAAAAAUUGAAGGACUAUCCUGCUUUUCCUUCUUUUCAUAAGAAAAUAUGAUAUCUUUAAAGAUUCGAAGCUAUUUUUUAAGAUUGAAUAUCAAUUUUUUUUACUUUUUUGGACCAAAUAUAACAUAUGAGGAAUGAGGAUUAUGUAUGGUCAAAACUUGGGGUCGCACGGAUAUAGUAAUAGCCCCACGAAAACCGUAAAUAAAGAUUAUAGCUGCGAUUGAUUUUUAUUAAAGACCAUCACGACCCAACAAAUCGAGCAACAAAUUCUUCCUUCAGAACCAGAAGAGGGACUCGACGCAAUAAAAUUCGUUGAUAAACAAAAACAACGAUUAGCUGAAUAGAGCUGAGGGCGAAUGAAUAACCUACAAAACAUAACUUGCGCCUUGGCCUUCACACGCGUACUGCCAAGAGUGCCAAGUACUGCAUCGGAGUGCAUCGGCGAAAAUGAACACGGCCACACGUGACGACACGACCAAAACAGCUGAUUCAGAUGAUUUCGAUCUCUACGCGGUUUCUUAGUCCGAACUGCUUCCAGAUUUUCAGUUUUUAUUCAGUUAUUGCCCACAUUAGUUAUUAUUAGCUUAGAACAAAAGUUUAUCGCGAGGAAAAAAUGGCAAAAAUCGAAUUAUCAUUGUUGCGGACAAAAUUUCGUGGGUCUUUACUGGGUGUAUUAACCGGUGAUUGUUUAGGAAGUCCUUAUGAAAACAACAAUCUUCUCACUUCUGGUGAAAAAGUUGUUUUACAAAAGUUUUUAGAUAAACUGGAAGGACCGGUAUUCAAAGCUCCUGUCAUCCAGUAUACCGAUGACUCUGCAAUGACCCGUUCUAUAGCACAAUCGUUGAUAGAAAAAAGGUCCUUAGUUCUUGAAGACAUCGCCAAAAAGUUUGUAAAAAACUAUUACCAAGAGCCUAACCGGGGCUAUGGUCCAAGCGUCAUAAAUGUAUUUCAUAAACUACGAGGGAACAAAUUUUCUGACAUACUAACCCCCGCAAAAGAACAAUUUAGUGGUGAAGGAUCUUUGGGGAAUGGAGGAGCAAUGAGAGUAGCUCCGAUUGCUUUGUUCUAUCAUAAUGAUUAUGAUCAGUUGGUUAAAGCAACACGACUAGUAACUGCAAUUACGCAUACCCAUAAAUUGGGUAUUGACGGAGCAAUUCUCCAGGCGAUCGCGAUCCAACAAAGUCUUCUUUCAGACCCAGAAGAAGAACUCGACGUAAUAAAAUUCGUUGAUGACUUGAUUGGUAAAAUGGAUAUAAUAGAAGAAAAUGAUGAAGGAUUGGAUUUCGUUGACCCACAAACUUUCAAAAUGCAACUAGUUGCAAUUAAGAAUCUAUUGAAGGAAGAAGGCGCGCAUGAAGUGAAAAUAGUUGAGAAAUUAGGUCACGAUGUGACCGCAUUCGGAUCGGUUCCCACGGCAAUAUUUUGCUUCUUACGAGCUCAGAAAUCAAUCGAGGGAAUACGGUCGGACAACCCAUUCAGACGUGCUAUUCAAUAUGCUAUAAGCCUUGGGGGUGAUGCUGACACAAUAGCAGCGAUGACCGGUGCCUUGGCAGGUGCUUUUUACGGCGAUGCGAAACUGAACUCGGCUCUCCUCCAACAUCUCGAAGCUUCUACGGAAUUUCAAAGUCUCGCUGACAAAUUGUAUGAGAUUUCUACAAACAAAUAAAAUGGAGCUGUCGAACA